GGUUUUUCUCAUGUCUUUUGGGGGAACCCUCUAAUUCAUUAUUGUAAACCACACUACUGACUUGCUCUCAGUCAGUGCUGUCCCAACACAGUGGAAAUUCACUGCAGACAUCAUGGUCAGAAUAAGCAACAUGUGUGGAUUUGCAGGGUUCUCUGUAUGCAUAGUAUUGCUCCUGGCUUCAGACAUCUGCUUAGCAGCAAGGCAAGAACUGCUAGUUACCACUAUAAAACAAGACCCAUAUACAAUGAGCAAGGGCUCACAGUUAGAAGGCUACUGCAUGGACUUGCUCACUGAACUGGGCAAAAAACUGGGUUUUAAAUACAAAGUUCACCUGGUGAAGGAUGGGUCAUACGGCAGACAGGAUGAAAGCGGAAACUGGAACGGAAUGAUUGGAGAGGUUGUUAGAGGGGAAGCUGAUCUGGCCGUAGCCCCACUGACUCUUACUGCUGCCCGUGAGAAGGCGGUGGGAAUGACAAAACCGUACAUGCAGACCGGAAUCAGCAUCCUCCUCCGCAAAGAUAUCGUUUCAGAGGAGCCUGGCUUUUUUGACUUCCUCUCCCCUUUCUCUGGGGAGACCUGGUUCGGCAUCCUGAUUGCAUACUUUGUGACUGCAGUGUGCAUCUGCAUUGUGGGAAGGUUGAGUCCAUGUGAAUGGAGCCAGCCCGAGGCAGAGCCAAAUCGUUUUACUCUUCUGCACAGCUUGUGGUACGCUGCAGGAGCCCUAAGCUUGCAAGGUGCAGGCCCUCACCCUAAAUCUCUGUCAGGACGGGUUAUCAGUUGUACCUGGUGGUUGUUUGCGGUGGUUCUGCUGGCUUGUUAUUUUUCCAGUCUGGGUUCCUGGCAGGGCUCUGAUUCAACUCCUCUCAUGAUCAAAGGUUUUGAGGAUUUGGCCAAUCAGGAUGUGAUUGAAUAUGGAACUCUUGCAGGCUCCUCCACUCUCGCAUUCUUUAAGAACUCCAAUAACCCAUCUUACCGUCGCAUCUUUGAGCACAUGGAUCGCAGAAAGAGUUUCGUAUCCUCCAUGGACGAGGGUGUUCAGAGAGCUAAGGAAGGAAAUUAUGCCUUCAUUGGGGAAUCUGUGUCUCUGGAUCUGGCUGUGGCUCGGCAUUGCGAAUUGAUUCGAGCACCCGAGGUCAUCGGGAUGAGAGGAUACAGCAUUGUAACUCCUCUUGGAUCUCCCAUGUUGAAGAAUCUGAGCGUGGCCAUCCUACAGCUUAGCGAGGCUGGGGAAUUGCCCUAUCUGCGCACUAAAUGGUGGGCCAGCAGCUGCGUGCCGGACAGCGGCAAAGCCUCAUCUCUGAAGGUUCAUAGCAUGAAAGGCAUAUUUCUGGUUCUUGCUAUAGGCCUGGGGAUCGGAGUGUUGAUCUCCUUGUUUGAACUCACCUCAAAGUCUCGCAGUCUUGCUGGGGAGCAGAAGAAAUCCUGCUGCACAGUUUUGACCCAGGAGCUGAGUCAACGCUUAAGAAUGAGCAACACAAAGAAUAACCAGGAAACCUCUGACAAAAACAAAGCAUAACAGGUUGAACCACAUCGAGAUCAUUACAGAGUCUUACAGUAUAUACAUAGUACAGUAACAGAAUGUCCUUACUGUUGCAUCUGUUUUUCAGUAGAUCUGGUGCUAGAUUUUAGUAUAAUUUCUCAAGUUAUUUUAACUGAUUGUGCUUAGUGCUUAAUCAACUACAAAAUCUUAAUUUACAUUUAACACAUUGAAUUAAGCUACCUGUCGGUGAAAAUGUAAUAAAUCAUAGGCAUUGUUUUUGUUUAGAGUUGGUAUUAGAAAUGAUAAAAAAUAUAGAAACAUACUUUGUAUGAUGCCACCAUAAUAACUUCAACAUGCUGAAAAAGAGUUCA